AUAAAAAUAGUGGCGGCAAGUAGCGUUGCCAGAUGGCGAAAUAAAAGAACGGCAUCAAUUGUGAGCCACUGCAAUUUAACUGCUAUAAAAACAAGCGGGAAAAUUCAAAAACUAAAGUAUUUGUAAACUGGGUCAAAUAACGAUAAUUUAUUAAAACAUGAAGCGAUGAUGUCCUGCAUCUCGAACACUAUCCAGUUCCAUGAGUUCCUCAACCUAGUUUUGGUCGUACCCAUCUGCAACAAAAGCGCAAAGGUACUUUGGCCAACAUGUUGUCAUAGUUUUAGCAUUUGUUUAAUCAAUAAAAGUAUGUCGUCGUGUAUUUGUCUGGGUCCCAAACGUGCGGGCAAAACUCAUCUUUUGAUGGCCCUGCAAGAUCCAGAUUCCAUUGAUUCCACCAGCUAUUCGAUGCCCACCAUUGGCACUGGAAUCUAUCGAAUUAAUUUCCCUGUCCAGUCGCCGUCAGGUGAUUCAAAUCCCAACAAACAUCUGCCAAAAUCCAUACAAAUUCUUGAGAUAGGCGGUAGUAUGGCUCCACUGUGGCGUCAGUACUUUGAAGAUGUCAAAAAACUCAUCUAUGUGGUGGAUACUUCCAAUCUAUGCCAGAUUUCAGCAGCUGGUGUCCUCUUCUAUUCGAUCUUAACUGAGCCACGAUUACAGAAAGUCAAAAUUUUAUUGGUACUAAGUAAAAUGGAUUAUUCUUAUCGCCAGAUGCGCAAUGAGGCAUUACUUAUGCUCCAAAUGUCCAAGCUGCAGAAGCAAAUCCGUCAACAGGUGACAAUUGUGGAGGCCAGUGCUGUUACCAAGGUGGGAUUAGACGAAAUUUAUCAAUGGCUGCAAAGGCCCUAAAUUAUGAAAUAUCUUAAAUCUCGGUUAAUAAA